UUAUUGCUAAUCUCUUUAUUUCCAUUAAUUAAAUUAUAUCAAGUUAGUGGCAACCAUUUUCCUGAUUCAUCUAAAAUAGUAUUAGUGUUAGUAUUUGUCACAGCUAAUGUACAUAAAAAUGAUUAUCCAAGUUUACUAUUCUUCAAUGAAUCAAUGUUCAACUUUUUUUUUUUUCAAACCAUGAAAAAGCAACCCUUUUUAAACAAAUUUCAGUAUUCUUCAAUGUUCAAUCAGGCUCACCAAACGGACUGCCAUGUGUCGGUGCGGUAUCAGUAACAGUCCAUAUUUUAUAUUUAAACCAAACCAUAGCCAAAUAAACAGAACAAUGGGAAGUAGCUCUUUUCCUUGUUUGGUUAUAGAGGAAAAAGUUCGAGUCUGUUACAUUUUUAAAUUGAAAUCUUUGUUUUGUCUAUUCAAUCUCCACUUCUCUAGUACUUUCCUCCCAAGUUCCCUCCUCACUUUCUCUCUCUGUCUCUGAAUCCAAAACUGUGAAACUUCUACGUUGGCUACAUUUGUCAAUCUGUAUUUUAUAUAUAUAUAUAUAUAUUAUGAGUUUUUGUUGAUGAAUUAAGCAAAGCCUAUCCCUUGAUUCAAACUUGUUUUGUGGGUUUUGUCCUUAGCCUCCGAUCUGGGGUCUUCUUGCUUUCUUUCCAAGAUUGGCGCUUUGAUCAUUGGGUGAAGCUGAUACAAAUAAAAUAGAUUGAGAUUGUGGGGGAGUGGGAGUGGGGGGUUGUCAUGGAUUGGAUGCGUCCUAGGGAUAAAAAUUUAGAACUUGACCUUGAAAAUGGAGUAACUGUUAGUGAAGAAGAAGAUUAUAGCAGAAGCCCUGUUUCAGGUCUUAAAAAGAAGGCACAACUGCUGCUUGCUAAGGUUAAAGGCAGUUUUGCCAAGGGGUUGGACGAUAGAGUAUCUUUAUCUGGUGAUGCUUCAAAUUCUUGUAGGUUUUAUGUGGAGAAUGUGCAGGAAGUGACAAGCUUGAAUAUGGAGGAACAAGACAGUAAAGAUGCUAAGGAGAAUAAAUUAGUGAAGGAGAAACGUAAAAGCUUGGGUAAUAAAAAACCUCCUAAACCUCCUAGACCUCCAAGAGCUCCAUCAUUGGAUGCGGCUGACCAGAAGUUAAUUAGGGAGAUAGCUGAACUUGCUAGAUUGAAACGUGCAAGAAUUGAGCGGAUGAAAGCCUUGAAGAAGAUGAAGGCUGAUAAGGGAACAUUUUCUAACUGCAACAUGUUCGCCAUGGUGUUUACCAUCAUUUUUUGUCUUGUCAUAAUCUUUCAAGGAAUGCCAUCCCGAGGUACACCUACAAGUUUCCAAGGAUCUCCUGUGCCAGCAGGAGCAGUGCAGGGAGGUCUAAUUUCAGUUCAGUUCUUUGGGAAUCCAUCUGCAAGCGUUCCAAAUCAACCAGAUUCUGGAUCUCCCUAUUUAGUGGAGCAGGUUGCUGGUUUAGAUGCUCAAGAAAAGAUGAGAACAUUGUCUGGAUAACAUAAGAUGUUGUUGGAUGGCAAAGGUUCUAUUUGUGGUUACAGAGACAAAUCCUCGCUGUUCCCAUCAAAGCCAUGCCAUUUCUCCAGACAAUGUUUUGAACUCGCAGCCUUCAAAUAUCUGGAGUUCAAUAUUCCUGGUAAUUUAUCCCCUGUAUGCUAUUUGAAGUUAGGGGUGAGUUAACUUAGUAAAAUUUUGAUGGCUUCUGGCCAUGGUUCUCAAUAAUUAGCCUGCACAACAACUUACCUGGUUGAUUAUGUUGUUGGAUUAUGUGUAUUCUCUAUAAAGAUUUCUCAUUAUGGAACUCAGAAUUCAAAUAUCUCCACAUAUUACGGCAAAAUUUAUGCAACCAUUUUUUUUCUGAUACAUCAUGUUCAUUAAAAUAUGUUGUACAAGAAAUCCCAGAGCUAUGAAAGCUCUGUGAUUUCAAAAUAAUGUUCUUGCUGUAGGAUCUGACUUGAACUUCUUUGGGAUCAACACUCAAGUUUAUUCUAUUUAGUUUCUGAAUUUUUUAUUUUUAUGAAGAAUAAAAUGGUGUGUGAAAGCUAGCAUGAGACCUGAAUCCGCAUGUCAAGGAAUUGCUUUGCUUCUUCAUGUCAUGUGGAUUCACAUGUGCUU